AUGGAACAACAAAUCCCAGUUGCUAAAUACGAACUCCGUGGUGAGUUGAAAGGACACAACGGUCCAGUCACCUCAAUUGCUUUGUCAGCUGACAACCCCGACAUUAUUUUGUCAUCCUCCCGUGACAAGUCUGUCAUGGUCUGGAAGCUUACUCGUGAGCAAGACACCUACGGUGUUCCAUUGAGAUCCCUCCGUGGUCACUCUCACUUUGUCCAAGACGUUGUCAUCUCCCACGACGGUCAAUUCGCUUUGUCUGGUUCAUGGGAUAAGACUCUCCGUCUCUGGGAUAUCAACUCUGGUGUCACCACCCGUCGUUUCGCCGGUCACACCAAGGACGUCCUCUCUGUUGCCUUCUCAUUCGAUCACCGUCAAAUCAUCUCUGGUUCAUGUGACAAGAGCAUCCGUGUCUGGAACACCAUCGGUGAGUGCAAGUACGUCUUGUCUGAGGACGGUCACACUGAGUGGGUCUCAUGUGUUCGUUUCUCACCAAACACUCCAACCAUCGUCUCUGGUGGAUGGGAUAACAAGGUCAAGGUCUGGGAUAUCAAGACCUUCAAGUGCACCAAGACUCUCGAGGGACACACUGGUUACAUCAACUCUGUCACCAUCUCUCCAGACGGUUCAUUGUGUGCCUCUGGUGGUAAGGACCAAUCUGCCUGUCUCUGGGAACUCCAAACCGGAAAGGCCUUGUACAAGCUCGAAGCCCGUAACACCAUCAACGCUUUGGCUUUCUCACCAAACAAGUAUUGGUUAUGUGCCGCCACUGACGACAAGAUCUUGAUCUGGGAUCUCCUCACCAAGUCUGUCUUGUUGGAGAUUGUUCUCCCACGUCCACCAGUCAACCCAGACUCAAAGAGACGUCGUGAAAUUCGUUUGCCAGCAUGCAUUUCUUUGUGCUGGGCCCCAGACGGAACCACUUUGUACGCCGGUUACACUGACAACAUCAUCCGUGUCUUCUCCAUCUCCUCAUAA